AUGGAAUCAGAUCAAGAAGUGGUGUAUCGUGCAAACGAUGAAUCACAUAUUGUGAUGUCGGAAAAAGUGCAAUCUCUUGCUGGAAGUAUAUAUCAUGAAUUUGAAAAAAUGAUAUCUAAAUAUGAUCAUGAUGUCGUUAAGGAUUUAAUGCCCUUAGUAGUCAAUGUUCUUGAGUGUUUGGAUAUGUCAUACACAGAAAAUCAAGAACACGACGUAGAAUUAGAGCUUCUUAGAGAAGAUAAUGAACAAUUGGUUACACAAUAUGAAAGGGAAAAACAACUGCGAAAAAGUACAGAACAGAAAUUAUUGGAAGUUGAAGAUGCUGUGGAAGAUGAGAGGAAAGAUUUGGGAUGUAAAAUUGAAAGUUUAGAAUCAAUUGUUAGAAUGUUGGAACUAAAGGCUAAAAAUUCUUCAGACCAUGUGUUUAGAUUGGAAGAAAAAGAAAAUGAAUUGAAGAAAGAAUAUGCUAAGCUUCAUGAGCGUUACACGGAAUUAUUCAAAACUCAUGCAGACUAUGUGGAUAGAACAAAAUUAUUACUUAGCACAAAUGAUAGAAUGGAACCCAUUGCAAACAGGCCGAUCAGACUUACUUCAUUCGGAAAUAAUUCCAUGAAUAGGUCAUCGGGUCCUGUUUCAUUUGGUUUUCAAUCGCUAGAAGAACUCAAAGAUUACAACAGUUUAGAAGAAUUAAUGCCGGGUUCACCUCCUGAUAGUACCAAUUCAAAUGCUAGUCUUAGAAAUGAAUUAAAUGAAAAUCAAGAUUUAAAUGCCGAUAGCAGCGGCGGCGGCGGGGAUUUAAGUAAACCUUCGAUAAAUAGCAAGUCAAAUUCACCGGAAAAAGAUUUGCCCGAAGAUGGUCCAUCGACUGUUAUGACGUCAUCAUUAAGCAGAAGUACAACGAAAAUGGAGCAAAGGAGUGGUAAUUUGCUUUAUCAAGAACUUAGUUUUCAAGAUAACGAUGCUUCUGUCGAAGCUGAUGAUAGCGGUGACGUCACCGGUAGUCUAGUUCAUCCUGGCGAAUAUGCUUCUUCCGGUAUGGGAAAAGAAAUAGAAAAUUUAAUUAGGGAAAAUAGCGAAUUGCUCGCAACAAAGAAUGCUUUAAAUAUCGUCAAGGAUGAUUUAAUAGCACGAGUGGACGAAUUAGUGAGCGAACAAGAAAUACUACGCGAAGAAAUCAGGUCUCUGCAAGCCGUGCACAACAGGUCGAAACAGAAAAUUCAAGAUCUUCAAGACGAAUUGAAAAAGGUUAAAGAAGAAGCGACAAACAAAUCGAAGACGAAUAAAUCCGACGAUGAGGGUAACCGAAUCUUUUUGAUCUUCAAGGAUGAAGAUAUUCCGAUGGCUCAAAGAAAGAGAUUUACAAGAGUCGAAAUGGCGAGGGUUCUCAUGGAGAGAAAUCAAUACAAGGAACGAUUCAUGGAAUUGCAAGAUGCCGUUCGGUACACGGAAACGUUGAGAGCCUCGAGGAGCGAUAUCACGAUGAACAAACAAAAAGUUCGAUUGCCAUUGUGGAAGUAUUUUAGCGAUUUAUUCGGUUUGAGCGGUGAGAGAGACAUAUCAUCAUCAUCCAGGAAAGGGCACAGCGUUAAUAUUUAUUAUGCGAGUCCCAAUCAUCACGUGGCGACGUUGCCCUCUUUACGGGAAACGGAUGACAAAAGACGGGUUACGGAUUACGGGGGAGACGGAGGAAAUUUUUGUAGUGAAAAAAUUGCCCAAAGGCGAGCCAUGGAAAGAAAAGAACAAUACAGACAAGUAAGAGCACACGUUCGAAAAGAUGGCGAUCGACUUCAAGCAUACGGUUGGAGUUUACCUGGAAAAAUGAAUCCAAAUGCUAUACCUGAAGCUGGAAGCAAAUCUCAUAUUCCCGUUCCAGUGCCUAUUUAUUGUCAACCCCUUGCAGUCAGUGAUCCAUCAAUGAAAGUUUGGUGUGCGGUUGGUGUCAACUUAACCGGUGGUAAAACUAAAGAUGGUGGUUCAAUUGUGGGUGCUAGCGUUUUUUAUUCAAAAUCCUCAUCUCCAGAAGGAGAAACCCAAACCGUACCUGGAGAAGAUAGCGAGCCACACAUAACAGAACUUGAGGAAGAAUUAAAAGAAGGUAAAAAGAUAAAAGAAGAUGGAGAAACUCUCGAGCAACGUCUUUCUUCAUUAGUUUGGAUUUGUACGAAUUCUACGAACGAGAGUAAAGUCACCGUUAUCGAUGCCACCAAUCCAUCGAACGUUCUCGAAUCUUUCACCGUUUGUUCCUCUCCAAUACUUUGCAUCGCGAGCGUUCCCGGUGCUACAGAAGCAGACUACGGCGACGAAAACGAAAGUAAUAAUAACGUAGUUGUAGAAACGACAUCCGUCGAUUCGAAUAAUUCGACCGAUGCGGAUAACGGAGACGAAAAUAGUAAUUUGGGUAAAAUAAAAUGCAUCGAGUGUGAAAGUUUAACGAAACCAGAGGAGUCACAAAACGAAGAAGAUGGAAAUAACGUUUUUGAAAAAAUGAGCAGCGUUAUGCCCACCAUAUGGAUUGGUGCCUACGGUGGUAACUUGUAUAUCCAUUCGGCGAUUGGACAAUGGAGUAAAAGUAUUCAUUCGGUCAAAAUGCCCGAUUCUGUUUCUUGCAUUGCGCAUUCAAACGGUCGAGUUUUAGUAGCUUUAGCCAAUGGUUUGGUAGCCGUUUUUCGCAGAGGUCCCGAUGCUCAGUGGAACUUAAACAGUUACCAUACCGUACACUUGGGAGGUCCCCAAAAUUCCGUAAGGUGUAUGACAGUUGUUCACAACACGGUUUGGUGCGGUUAUAAAAACAAAGUCCACGUUUUGGAUCCGGUAUCAUUAGUUAUAAAAAAUUCUUUUGAAGCUCAUCCUAGGAAAGAAAGUCAAGUUCGACAGUUGGCAUGGUUGGGUGAUGGUGUUUGGGUUUCCAUAAGAUUAGAUUCGACAUUACGAUUGUUUCACGCUUACACGUACCAACAUUUACAAGAUGUCGAUAUCGAGCCUUACGUUAGUAAAAUGUUGGGUACGGGAAAAUUAGGUUUUUCAUUCGUACGAAUCACGGCACUUUUAAUAUCCACGAGUCGAUUAUGGAUAGGUACCGGAAAUGGCGUCAUUAUUUCAGUUCCUUUGUCUGAAAGUGCCUCCGGGGUUGUAAAUCCUGGAUCAGCGAUAAAAGGUCCGAGUGCGGUUGUACGGGUGUACACGGAUUCAACUUCCGAUAAGGUUUUACCAGGUAGCUUUAUCCCUUUCUGUUCCAUGGCUCAAGCUCAGUUAUCGUUUCACGGUCAUCGGGAAUCUGUUAAAUUUUUCAUAGCAGUGCCUGAAACAAAACAAGGUGUGUCGAAUACGAAUAUGCUUGUCAUGUCCGGAGGAGAGGGUUACAUUGAUUUCCGAAUCGGUGACACGUCCGACGAAGAAUCGAAUCACAUAAAAGAAAGAAAUGCCAAAGACGGUUCUUCCAAUUACGAUUAUCAACGUGAUAGAAAAGGCGAUUUCAGUCAUCUUAUAAUUUGGCAAGUUCCAAUUCUCACAUGA